UGUCUCGGAGGCAUCUGUCACUCCCAGGCGGGCCAAAGAAGCAAGGCGCGUGGGGCCGGCGACCCGAAGAAAGUUUGUGUGCGUCCGGACCCUCGGGCCAGCCGAGCGUGAGCCGAGCCUCCCGCUGGGGAAGCUCGCAGUCUCCCGGGCAGGGGGCGGCCAACAUGGAGUCUGGGCGCAGGGCUGGGGGGGGGCGGUGCGGAGGUGGGAGCCCAGCCCCCUCCCCUCCCCCUCCGGGCCGAGUUCGGAGCACAAAGCCGAGCGCGCAGGCUCGGCCAUCCCCGCGCCCCGAAGAGUCAGCCAGCGCCGAGCGGCGGGGGAAGGGGGUGGGAACCAAACUUUUUCCUGCCCCGGGACAGACACGCUUGCCCAAGGUCCAGCCUAGCCCCUAGACACCAUGUCAGACAGUGAUCUGGGUGAGGAUGAAGGCCUCCUCUCCCUGGCAGGCAAGAGGAAGCGCAGAGGGAACCUGCCCAAAGAGUCAGUGAAGAUCCUCCGGGACUGGCUGUACUUGCAUCGCUACAACGCCUACCCCUCAGAACAGGAGAAGCUGAGCCUUUCUGGACAGACCAACCUGUCAGUGCUGCAGAUAUGUAACUGGUUCAUCAACGCCCGGCGGCGGCUUCUACCAGACAUGCUUCGGAAGGAUGGCAAAGACCCCAACCAAUUCACCAUCUCUCGCCGCGGGGGUAAGGCCUCAGAUGUGGCCCUGCCCCGUGGCAGCAGCCCCUCAGUGCUGGCUGUGUCUGUACCGGCCCCCACCAAUGUGCUCUCCUUGUCUGUGUGCUCCAUGCCACUCCACCCAGGCCAGGGGGAAAAGCCAGCAGCCCCCUUCCCACAAGGGGAGCUGGAGCCUCGGAAGCCCCUGGUGAGCCCUGGCAACACACUUACCCUACUGACCAGGGCUGAAGCCGGAAGCCCCACAGGUGGACUCUUCAACACACCACCGCCCACACCCCCAGAGCAGGACAAGGAGGACUUCAGUAGCUUCCAGCUGCUGGUGGAGGUGGCGCUACAGAGGGCUGCUGAGAUGGAGCUUCAGAAGCAGCAGGACCCAUCACCCCCCUUACUGCACACUCCUAUCCCCUUAGUCUCUGAAAACCCCAAGUAGGCAUCUGCCAAAAGGGGUGCUCGAGGCUCGAGCCAGCUGUCCUGGGUUUCCAUUUUGGUUCCCUUUCAUACAGAGGGUUUUCUUUGGAUCACUGCCAAACAUCGGGGUCAUCUCCUCUGUCCAGAGGUCUUCAGCAGGGAGAUGCCAGCUGGUGUCACUGCACUGCAAUGGGGACCUCUCUGCUGACUGCCAUUUCUCCAGGCCUCCUCAGUGAUGAGACUGAGAUCGGAGACAGGCAUGGUGCUGCUGCUGCUUCUCCAGAGAAUGCCCAGGACACCUUUGUUCCAGCCUGCUUUCCUAGGCUGGGCACAGGAAACCUACUACAUUCAGACCUAUGCCCCUGAGCUGGGCCUCUUUUUUGUUAAGCCAAGUGUGGACAUUCCAAGUUCGUAAGUGUGAACAAAAGAGAAGAGGAACCCAGAAGAUGUAACAGAACUGACUCCAGUUGAAUGUUUAGGUUUUCACUAAACUUUGUGUUUAUUUUUCCCUU